UUCGCGACCACUCGGACCCGUCAUUCUCGCGAUCCAGACCACGUCCACUUUUCAGUCACUUUGUUUUUCUUGAUACCCUUCUUCUAUUUCCUUUUUCUCACCAUCCGCCCUCCCGUCUCUAGGUCUUGGUCCCGUUUCUAUACCAACCCGAUUAUUUCCGCCGAAGGGUCAUGCCGCUGUUGGGCCCUUGAAUUUCGCACUUCGCAUUUCGAUUUCAUCGCGUUAGUCCGUCGGAUUACUGCUUCGGUUGGCGAAGCAGGCAUGCGGCCAAUUGAGCUCGACACUCCUACUCUGUCGUUGAUCUCCGCACUCCUGUCUCUGAGCUUCCACCCGUGAUGACAAUCUCACCAGCCUCCCUGCGACGCACACAGACGGACUUUUCGACCGACACCUCGAGUCCGCUCCGUCAUGGGUCCACAGCAUCUACAAACUCGUCGAUCUACUCCAUCUCGUCAAAUUCAUUUGCUCCGGGUCGCACGAGUACGGUUUCAUCAAAUGCCUCGAUUGGGUCUGUAACCAGUAUGGGCCACAAGAGGGGCAAAAGCGAGUACAACGCCAUGUCUGGCGACAAGACCCCCCGAGCGGGUACCUCCAGUGCCGCCACGACGUACGAGAACAUUCGCCGUUCAUUGCGACCACUGCCCCAGGCCCCAAAUGCCUCUCCGCCGGUCAGCAAACCGUCCGUCUACCGGCACUCACGGAGCCAAACGAUCGAUAACCCCCAAUACUGGAAAGAGAACCGCCCUCAGACCCCCGAAUCACGCCCACCAAAUCAUCCAGAGGUUGAACCUCUGAAGUCAAAAGAUUUGUACACCUCGCAGACUCCCCCAACAACUAGCUCGCCUCGACAUAACUCUCCUCGACCCGCUUCACCCCAUACCCCCACUCAGCCCAAAGCGCACCAUUCACACAGCUUGUCAAAUCCACCUGCCUUCAAGACAGCUUUGUCUGCGCCGGACCUGGAGACCUUUCAAAAAUCAUCAACUGGCCAUCUCCGGACGUUGUCGAAAUUUGCCAAGUCCGGCGAGACCGAAGAGUUUGCACUCGACAGCCAUACUCCGUCCGUCGUGGGCUUGCUAGGACGACGACGCUUGAAGCGUACAGACUCAGUAUCUGUCAGCCAUGGCCCGGCUGCGACACCCAGGAAGAACGCAUCGGCAUGGACGGCUGGAAAUUGGAUGGAUCAACAGCGACAGUUCCUGCAGGCGUACGAGUAUCUUUGCCAUAUCGGAGAAGCCAAGGAGUGGAUUGAAGAAGUGAUCCAGAAACAGAUCCCGCCCAUUGUUCAGCUUGAAGAAGCUCUUCGGGAUGGAGUUACUCUCGCAGAGGUCGUCCAGGCGAUGUAUCCGAACCGCAACUUUCGAAUAUUCAGACACGCCAGACUGCAAUAUCGCCAUUCCGACAACAUCGCCCUGUUCUUCCGGUUACUGGACGAGGUCGAGCUGCCAGAGCUUUUCCGAUUCGAAUUGAUCGACUUGUACGAGAAGAAAAACAUCCCCAAGGUCAUCCACUGUAUCCAUGCGCUGUCAUGGCUCUUGUUCAAGAAGGGGCUCGUCGAGUUUCGAAUGGGUAAUCUGGUUGGUCAGCUGGAAUUCGAGCACCAUGAACUUGAGAAGAUGCAAAAGGGCCUUGACAAGGCGGGUGUGAGCAUGCCCAGUUUCUCGGGGAUGGCGGCCAACUUCGGCGCGGAGCCUGAACCGGAGCCUGAGCCUGAGUCUGAGGAGGAUCGAAUUCACCGAGAACUGCACGAGAAUGAGGCGGCCAUCGCAGAAUUUCAAGCGCAGCUUAGGGGCGCAAUGCUGCGACUGCAACUUGGGAACUUGAUGAACGAUCUAUGGGAUUUCGAACCUUUGUUGGUUGAGCUCCAAGCGCGACUCCGCGGCGACUGGGCUCGUCAGGUCAUCCAGUAUCGAAUGGACAUGCGAAAAUUCGCCAUCAACCUCCAAGCCAGCUGCAGGGGAUUUAUCGUGCGAUCUCGCCAGAAGGGCGAUAUGGAAAGCUACCAAGCUCAGGAGUUCGAUGUACUGCAACUGCAAUCAAUCAUAAGAGCUUCCAAGGCCAGAACCCAAGUGAACUAUCUUCGAAGUCAGAUGCGCAAAGCGGAAUCCGGCGUCAAGCAUUUCCAGGCCGCUAUUAGGGGUGCCCUACAGCGCAAAGAGGUGGGUGAUCUGUAUGCGGAUCUCGAGGAUGCCGACGGUGGAGUUCAGCUAUUACAAGCCGCAAUCAGAGGAGCCUUGAAGCGCAAAGAGAUGGGCGAUCUAUAUGCGGAUCUCGAGGACGCAGAGGGUGGAGUUCAGCUAUUUCAAGCCGCAAUCAGAGGAGCUUUCCAGCGUCAACGGUUCUCACAGCAACACGAUGCGACUCGGUCUGCCGAAGACAGUGUGAAGUAUCUGCAGGCUUUCGUACGGGGUGCCUUCCUCCGGCAACAGAUGAGCGCCCAGUACGCGAAGAUAGACGAUGCCAAGGGCAACGCAGAGCUCCUACAAGCAGUGAUUCGAGGAAUGCUGACCCGCAGCUCUGUGGCGCGCACACAUGACAUGCUUUCCAAAGAGACACCAUCCAUCCUUGCAAUUCAGUCCGGGGCAAGAGCUUUGGCAGUCCGAAAGCACCAGGCUCAGCUGGAAGAAGCCCUUUCAAAGACGGAGGACCAAUGCAUUGAUCUACAGGCUGCAGUGCGUGGAGGCACUCUCCGGGAGCGUCUCGAGCAUCUUCGAUCUCAGUUGGCCGAGCACGUGCCGUCGAUUGUCGACAUUCAAAGCAUGCUCCGGGCACAGGCUCUCCGAGCACACCUAGACUCGCAGCGGGAAGCCCUGGAAAAUGAGAGCGCCCAAAUUCUCGACCUGCAGUCUAUGGCUCGCGGAGUGCUCUUAAGGCGACGCCUCGAAGCUGAUGCGGAUGCCUUGCAACAGCAGGAACUUACCAUCAUCGAUCUCCAAGCUCUUGCUCGAGCGGCGAUUCUGCGUAUUGAAGUGGGUGGAAUACUCGAGGAUCUGGAAGACUGCGAAGAUGAAAUCAGUCAACUCCAGGCGCAUAUUCGGGCAAUGCUUGUCCGCGUGGAUGUCGGACAGGAUCUAGCGGACCUGGCUGCCGAGGAAGAUGUCAUCACCGAUCUUCAGUCACACAUUCGAGGACACCUUGUUCGCGCAAAGUUCGAAGAGAAGAGACGCUAUUACCGGGCCAACAUGGAGAAGGUCAUCAAGGCACAGAGCUUUGUAAGAGGUAGAAUACAGGGACAAGCAUACAAGAGCCUGACAAGUGGCAAAAAUCCACCGGUCGGAACGGUCAAGGGCUUUGUGCAUCUUCUCAACGACAGUGAAUUCGACUUUGACGAGGAAAUUGAAUUCGAACGCAUGCGGAAGGUGGUCGUACAACAGGUCCGACAAAACGAACUGGCGGAGCAAUACAUCAGCCAACUCGAUAUCAAGAUUGCUCUUCUGGUGAAAAACAAGAUCACACUUGAUGAAGUUGUGAAGCACCAGAGGCAUUUCGGCGGCCAUGUCGGCAGCCUUCUGCCCAACCGCGAAAUUUCCUCAAAGGACCCUUUCGACCUGAAGGCCUUGAACAAGACGUCACGAAGGAAGUUGGACCAGUACCAGGUGCUGUUCUUCCUUCUCCAAACGCAGUCCCAAUAUCUUGCCAAGCUCUUCCGACGAUUACGUGAGCUGAACACGGCAGAGAAGGAGUAUGAGCGGAUUCGACACUUGAUGAUGGGGCUUUUCGGAUACUCUCAGAAGAGACGUGAGGAGUACUACCUGAUUAAACUCCUGGCGCGCUCUGCCAGGGAGGAGAUUGAGAGCUUCGAUUCGCUGCAUGAGUACCUUCGCUGCAACUCGUUCUGGAACAAACUCUUCGCAUCGUACAUCAAAUCGCCGCGGGAUCGGAAGUUCAUGCGUGAUGUCUUGGGCACCGUGGUGCGAGAGAAUGUGAUCGACAACCCCGAGUUGGACCUGGAGAGCGACCCAAUGCAGAUCUAUCGCUCCGCUAUGAAUGACGAAGAACUUCGAACGGGCAAAAGAAGCCGUCGUCGUCCGGACAUCCCUCGGGAAGAGGCGAUUCGGGACCCAGAGACCAGAGCGACAUUCAUUCAGCACCUGCAGGACCUUCGUGACAUUGCUGAUCAAUUCUUCGCCGCUUUUGAGGAACUCCUUUACCGCAUGCCCUUUGGCAUUCGAUAUGUCGCAAAGGAGAUGUAUGAGAGCCUGCUCGCUCGGUUCUCCAAAGAAGACCCCGGACUUAUUCUCCAGACCGCGGGCCACUGGGUGUGGAGAAACUACUUCCAGCCCGCUUUGGUGGAACCUGAGAAGUAUGGCGUUGUUGAUCGCGGUCUUACCCAGGAGCAGAAGCGAAACCUGUCGGAGAUCGCCAAGGUGAUUGCUCAGGUAGCAUCCGGAAGACUAUUCGGCGCGGAGAAUGUCUAUCUCCAGCCAUUGAACAGUUACAUUGGAGAUUCAAUCCAACGUCUUGGUCAAAUAUGGGGCGACAUGAUUACGGUGCAAGACGCCGAGGCCUAUUUUGAUAUCGACGAGUUCAACGAUCUGUACGCCAAGACGAAGCCGACUCUAUACAUUAAAAUGUCCGAUAUUUUCUCUAUUCAUCAGCUGGUCGCUUCGGAGAUCCAUUACAUCUGCCCGAAUCCCGAUGAUAUUUUGAAAGAGAUCAUACGUGAUCUCGGAAAUGUCAAAUCGAACGAGAACGAGCUGAUGAGCGUCAAUUCCUCGGAAAUCAAUCUCACCUUGAACCCCAAGCUUGCGCAGACCGAAGAUCCGGAGGCGGGUAUCAAGGCCUUGUUCAUGGAAACCAAACGAUGCGUGCUAUACAUCAUCCGGGUUCAAACGGGUGCCAACCUCAUGGACAUCAUGGUGAAACCCCCGACGGAAGAAGACGAGGAAAAAUGGAUGACGCUGGUGCGCGACGAGUUAAGCGCAAACAACACGCGGCAAAGUGCCUACUCCGACGCCAACACCAUGGUCGACAUCGCCUCCAUGAGCUACGCGGAGUUGAAGCGAACGGCACUUGAGAAUAUUCUCCACCUCGAACAAAGCAGCAGAAUUCGCCGGGACAACUAUUACCAAGAUCUUCUCAAUGCAAUCGCCAUUGAUAUCCGAACGAAACACCGCCGACGGAUUCAGCGACAGCGUGAACUGGAAAGUACUCGCCUCACAAUGACUCGACUGAAUGACCAAGCUGGUUGGCUGGACCAACAGCUGAAGACAUACAACGACUACAUUGAACAGGCAAUGGUGACACUGCAGAACAAGAAGGGCAAGAAGCGGUUCCUCAUGCCGUUUACCAAGCAAUGGGAUCACCAGCGCGAGCUCCAGAAGUCCGGCAAAGUCUUCAAGUUUGGUUCCUACAAGUAUUCAGCCCGCAACCUGGCAGACAAGGGUGUCUUGGUCCAUUGGAAGGGAUACACCGAGCGCCAAUGGGACCGAGUUGACCUGACCAUUUCAAGCAACGAGGUCGGAGUGUUUACCCUCGAUGGAAGUAGUGGUCCGAUGAUGGUCCCUGGCGCCAAUGCUCAGGUGCCGCUGGACGAUCUGCUGCAGGCCCAGUUCAAUAACAUGCAGUUCUUGGACUUCUUCGAGGGGCAAUUACGAGUCAACGUCAACCUUUUUCUUCAUCUGAUCAUGAGGAAAUUCUAUAAUGAAUGAUUGCCUUGCAGUUUUGAUGACGGGAUUUUACGGUGUUUAUCUGUUUAUUUUUUUUGUUUCCCUUCCCCUUUCCUGUGACUUUUCAAUACUUCCUCUCUAUUCUCCUCUUUGCUUAUGAUGCACACACUCUUUCAGGACAUACUCCUUUAUUUUAUGAUGUGUCAGGUACAGAAAAAAGCCUACCCAACAUGAUGUAUCAACUGGCACCUGCUCCUUGAUUGUUUACGCUUCGGAUUACCCCUUUGUUACGUUUUGCACGCUUUGGUUUUAUGACAUGAUUGACUCUGCAUUUUUGUUACCCUGUGCGUUAUUUUUCUUUUCUUUUCUUUUUUUUUUCUUUGUGAUGAUUUCGACGAUUCAUGUAUGUAUGUAUCGAGUAGUAGUGUUUAGUACAUGGUGUCGUCCUGGC